CUGUGUCCAGUUAAUUAAUAAAGAAAGCUGAUAAAAGCAGCGUGCAAACUGCUUAGCUGUUCAUUUUGCUCUUCACUAUGGCUAAGGCCAUUGGGGGUUUCUUAAGGUUGUUGCUGCUGCUGUUUUUAGCUGCUAGAGGCUGUCAAUCAGAAGAUGCCCAUGUUGGAUCUGCUGAGAACUACAGAGAUGAAGCGGAACUGGUUCCCAGGGAUGAGCUGGAAUCUGACUCCUACACACCUGAUGACCAAACUUUAUGGAGCCCUGAGCUGUUUGAUUGGGAAGAUUCAGAUUUGAAAAAUGAUUCCUUGAGCUCCGACAACUCUACUGUUGAUCAGCAUGAAGAAGAAACGUCGGAGAACAACUCGUCUGCACAGGAUCUUUCAAACACGAUCAACUAUUCUGAAGACCCUGCAGUAGAAGAAUUUGGGUGUCCAUCUGAGCAGCAGCCCCGCUCAUGGCAGUCUAAUAAGGACCCCCAACAGUCAACUUGCCAGUCCCAGGUGCCCCAGCAAUCAAAGUGCCCUCACCGGGUGCCACACAAGCACAACUGUCUAUCAAAAGCUUCAAUGACGCCAGACAAACUCAAACACACUUCUAUGCAGGAAUCUAAAAAGCUUGGUAUGCCGGGGCAGAAUGACCACCAAUCUCCAGAGAGGCAUCAGCAAGAGCGUGGUUACCCUCCCUGGUGGCUCCAAGAGCCCCAACUUCAUGAGUAUUUGUCCAAAUGGACCCAUCCUCUGGCUUGGCUGUACAACAUGGCACAAGAACUAAACCAGCAGGGCUACCCCCCGGUGUGGCCCCAAGAGACUCAUCGUGGCUGUAAGACAAAAGUUGCACCUAAUCAAGGUUGUCAGUCCCAAACUUUGCCGUACCAAUAUUUUCAGAACCCUGUGAUUCCACACCAGAAUUUCCACCCCCAAGCACCCCCACAAGAAGGCUUCUAUUCCCAGGAAUCCCCCCACCAGGGUGUCCAUCCCCGCACAUCCCCACAUCAUGGUCACUGGCUCCACCAACUCGGAGGUGAACAGCAUCAUGGUCACCCCCGCCAACCCAAAGCAGAGAAAUGGCAAGGCCCCCCACAUCACCACCGCCAACCCCAACCCGGGUCCCGGCAAGGCCCCCCACAUCACCACCGUCGGCCUCAAGUGGAGCUCCGGCAAGCCCCCCCACAUCACCCCCACCAACCUCAAACGGAGUCCAAGCAAGGUCACCCACAUCACCCCCACCAACCCCAAGUGGACCCUUGGCAGAGCUUCAGGCCUCCCAUUUCACAAGGAAAGCAACACUUACCUCAGCCCAGUCAGCAGUGGGCAGAGCCACACUAUGGCCAACCACCCCACCAGCCAGAACUGAAGCCAUAUGGCAUCCACCCAGGUUACCGCCACUGGUCUCGUGCAGAAAUGCAUCCUCUUUACCAACAGGCACAAGAGAACCUACAAACCCAUUUUCCGCCUGACCAGCCUCAACCUGAGCCAAGUUACAGCCACCAGCCACAACUGGAACACUACGGUCAUCCACGUCUAUAUCAUCAACCACAAACAGAAUUUGAUCAGACCCACCAACUGCCUCCACAUGGCCAUCCUUCAUACCAGCCAGUCGAGCCACAUCAGUUCAUGUCCCACGUAGAACAGCAGUAUGGCCACAAAGCUGACCUGCCAGUGCCUCAAAGUCAUGGCCACUUGCCGGAGGGCCAAGAAGUGCCUACUUUCACAAAGAAGCCACGGUACUUGCCUAAAAGGCCCCCUUUAAAAGUCAGAUGGCCAGUGUACAAGCCUUCAGCACAACACCACUAAGAUGUCGUUGAUCCCAAGAUGCCAGUGAAAAAGCUGCUCUGUAGCCCUUUGUUUUUGUUUGAGAUGCUCUACUGACCUGUCCAAUAAAGAACUUGGUAAAGUUUGAA